AUGUCAUCAUCAUCAUCACCAUCUAAUGAAGUCUUUACUAAUGAACUUAUUCAACAACGUUUAAAACCAUAUCUUGAUAAUACUCCAUCUCAUGUUGAUCAACUUUCACAAACUAUACCAAGAUUAAAACGAUCAAGACGAGCAUCUGUUCUUGUUCCUUUAUAUUGUAAUCCAGUAACCAAUCGUAUAGAAGUUUUACUAAUAAAACGAUCUGAAAAAAUGCGAUCUCAUACAGGAAUGGUUGCUUUUCCCGGUGGUAUGUCUGAUCCAACUGAUCGUGAUAGAAUUCAUACAGCUGAACGUGAAGCAUUUGAAGAAAUUGGUCUUGAACCACAUCAAUAUUCAUUAGUUGGAUGUCUUCUUCCAAUAACUGAUUCACGUGUUGUCGUAAUAACACCUGUCAUUGCUUUACUUCAUUCACCAAAAUUUGUUGAUUUUCGUUUAUCACCUGACGAAGCAACUGAUGCAUUUUAUGUUGAUCUUGAACAAUUUCUUUUUGCAAAUGAAAAUUAUAAAAUGUUAGAAGUUGGAGAUGAUUUUAUAACACAUCAUUUUAGUAUUGAUAAAUAUAACAUAUGGGGUGUUACAGCAUACGAAUUAAUUUUAGUAGCAACAUUAAUUUAUCAAAGAAUACCACAAUUUCCAGUUUAUCGUCAUGAAAAAUAUUUAGAUUUACAACAGAUAAUGCAACAACAAAAAGACUUUUUUCGAUUAUGUGUUGAUCGUCGGUAUGGAAAUAAAACAGACGAAAAUACUAAAGAAAGAAGUCGUUUAUAA